CUUGCUAAUGGAUACAAUGGUGAAGAAGGCUGAUCUAAUCACAUUUGGGCAGAGAAAAUGGACAAACAGAGACAAAUAUAUGGCAGCUUUUUUUAUUUUCCUGCACUUCAUUUGUAUUCUUGCACCCUUCCAUUUCAAUUGGAAUGCAUUUUGGGUUGCGUUUGCUUUAUACAUUAUUACAGGUUGUUUUGGAAUCACUAUUUCGUAUCAUAGAAAUCUUUCGCAUAGAAGUUUCAGACUUCCCAAAUGGCUCGAAUACUUUUUUGCAUAUUGUGGAGCCCUUGCUUUUCAGGGUGAUCCAAUCGAUUGGGUGAGUACACACAGAUGUCAUCAUCAAUUUGUCGAUACGGAAAAUGACCCGCAUAGUCCUAUUCAAGGAUUUUGGUUUAGUUAUUUCAUUUGGAUUUUGGAUUCGAAUGCUUUGACCAGAAGAGUUUGUCCACAGUAUUUCAUUGAUCAUAAAGAUACAGAAAAAACCAUCUUCACAGUGGUUUUAAAGUAUGGAAGACCAAAUAAUGUUGGUGACUUGGAAAAACAAUUCUUCUAUAGGUUUCUUCGCAAAACUUAUUUUCUUCAUCAACUUGCUCUUGCAAUCCUUCUUUAUGCAGUCGGAGGAACACCUUUUCUUAUAUGGGGAGCGUUUGUGAGGACCAUAGGAACCAUACAUGUGACGUUUAUGGUGAAUUCAAUAUGUCAUACAUUUGGAAAUCAACCAUGGAAUACUGGAGAUUUGUCGAGAAAUACUUGGUGGAUGUGUUUGAUUUCAUUCGGAGAAGGUUGGCAUAAUAACCAUCAUGCUUUUGAGUAUUCAGCCAGACAAGGGCUUGAAUGGUGGCAGAUCGAUAUUUCUUGGUACAUUAUUUGGUUUCUUCAGGUCAUUGGAUUAGCAACUGAGGUUAAAGUACCAUCUCAAUCUCACAAGCAAAGACUACAAGCUUUGGACCAAACCAAAAGAAAAGGGCUUUGAGAAAUGAUGCUUUGAAUCGAAAUAAAUUUGGUUGAUCUAACAAGAAAAAUAGCCAAUUUUAAAAAUUUAUUUGAGAAAAUAAAAAAAAAGUAGUUUCAAAAUAUAAUAAAUAGAGCAAAUUAAAUUUCAUAAAUAGAAAGCAUUUAGGGUUUAGGGUUUAGUGAACGACGAAAAAAGGGGCUUUUGCAAGAAUAACAACAGAAAUUUUGAUAAUAGAGCCUAUGUUAUAACAUUUUUUAAAUUUGCAAAGGUAGAAAAUUUAAGUGAUAAUCAUUUGAUAUUAUUAAUUACGCAAUAUGCAAAAAAAAAAAAAAAUUGUUAUGAGUUGUUUUUUCUAAAUUUUUUUACAAUUUCUCAUUGAUAAAUCUAAUACCUAAUCCAUAAAUAUAGGAAAAUAGUUUUAAAAAACAAUAAUAAAUUGUUUCAAUUUAGUUCAUUAUUAACAAGUUUUGAUUUAACUUUCUCAUCAUUCUAACUAUACAAAUCUAGUUAUCUUCUUCUCCAAUCUACUAAAUCAAAUAUAAAUACACAAAAAUAUAAUGAAUCAAAUAUGUAUGGAUUUAGCUACCUUCUAAUUUACUAGUCUACCAAAUCAAAUACAGUUCACAAAAGUACCCUUAACUAGAAAAAUAUAUACAAUUUUAUCUACCAAAUUUGACACAACUACACAAAAAUACAUUAUAACUGAAAGCAAAUUUAGUUAAGUGUUAAAUUUUUUUUAUUUGUUUCUUCCAUAAUCUUUCAACCACUUUACAAGAAAUUACACUAUGCGUAAAACAUUCAAAAACUAUGUGAAGAAAUAAAAGAUAAAACAUUAUAACAAA